AUGCCAGGAUUGUUGAAACCAAAAACUUAUGAUUGGAAGGAUUCCAACGUGGCUCUCUUUGGCUCUGACCUCGACAGAAAAGUUAAAAAAGAGUCGGCGGAAACGGAACCAGCCUGGAAGAAUGCAGGACAGAAAGUUGGGAUCAAGAUCUGGAGGAUUGUGAACUUCAAGGUGACAGACUGGCCUGAAAGAGAUUAUGGAAGAUUCUACAGUGGAGACUCUUACAUCAUACUGAACACGUACAAGCCAAAACCAAACAGCAACGAGUUAGCGUACGAUCUUCAUUUUUGGAUUGGUGGGCAAAGUACACAGGAUGAGUAUGGUACAGCGGCCUACAAAACGGUGGAGUUGGACACUUACCUGGACGAUAAGCCGGUACAACAUCGUGAGGUUGAAGGCUACGAGUCAGAACUCUUCAAAUCAUACUUCAAACAAGGAUUCACAACGAUGGAUGGUGGGGCAGAAUCAGGUUUCAACCACGUCAAACCAGUGGAAUACCAACCACGACUGCUACACUUCCAUGGGGAUAAAACUCUCGUGUCACUGAAAGAGGUUCCAAUAGCGAGAACUUCAUUGAAAUCUGACGACGUGUUCAUCUUGGAUGCUGGUCUGAAGUUUUACCAGUGGAAUGGAAAAGGAAGUAACAAGGAUGAACGAUUCAAGGCGGCAGGCUAUAUGCAGAAGUUGAAAUCUGAGAGAAACAAAUCAGUCGGAGAAACACUGGACGAAGAUGAUAUAUCAGAUGAUCAUGAGUUUUACAGUCUGCUGACUGGUGACAGCGGUUCCCCCGAAUAUGAUGAUAUGCUUGGCGGGCAGGGAAAUAAAUCAAAGGAGAGGCUUUUGUUGAAAGUUUCCGAUGAGAGUGGUCAGUUGAAGAUGGAGAAGAUCAAAUCAGGACAGGUCUCAAUGAAAGAUUUUGCAUCCAAGGAUGUCUUCAUCUUUGACACUGCUUCAGACGUAUUUGUCUGGAUUGGAAGGAACGCCUCAAAAACUGAAAAACAAAACGGAGUUGGCUACGCUCAUAACUACUUAAUGAAAACGGACCAUCCUCUCAUACCCGUGCACGUCAUAAAGGAGGGGCAGACAAACAAAUCUUUCCAAUCCGCCGUCGCUGCGUAA